GUACAGUCUGUAACUCUGAGCUCUGUCUCCCUGUAGAAACCCUGCUGGACGACUUCCUGCUGACGCAUCCCAUCUUCCUGGCAGCCGACAGGUUCCAGCAGGUCCUGAUGCAGCAAUUCAGUCUGGAAACGCAGGGUGAGGAGGGAGGAGGAGGCGGGUCGGAGGUGGCGAGGAAGCGGGCGGUGCUGAGCGUGGUGUUCAGGUACCUGGACACCUACAGAGAGCUUCUGCAGGAGGAAGGGGAGCGCAGCAACAGCUUCCCCAAGGAGCUGUACCUGUGUGCGGUUCAGGAGCUGAGUCAGUAUCCUGAGCUGGUGGAGGACGUCCUCAAACUACAGAGAUGGACGGAGAUCUUAAACUCACCCUCUGUUGCAGAGAAGGAGAGCAGGAGGAAGCAGGUCCGUCCUCUCUUCAGACACUUCAGACGGAUCGACGCCUGUCUGCAGCCCAGAGAGGCCUUCAGGGGCUCCGACGAGAUCUUCUGCAGGGUCUACACCCCCGACCACUCCUACGUCACCAUCCGGAGCCGUCUGUCCUGCCGGGUCGGGGAGAUUCUGGCUCUGGUCCGAGAGAAGCUGCAGUACAGCGAGGACCAGCCGGUGCUGCCCGGGAACCUGGUCCUGGUGGCCGUCACCUCCGCCGGAGAGAAGGCCGUGUUCCGACCCAGUGACGAGGCCGUCUUCACCACGCUGGGAGUCAACACUCACCUGUUCACCUGCGAGCCCAGCGAGCUGGACUCCCUGCUUCCGCUUCCUGAGGAGAUCCACUGGACGCCCGGAGACAGCAAACUGCACGACAUGUCGGCCGAGGAAGUGGCCAAUCAGCUGGUGGCGUUCGACUGGGAGCUCUUCAGCUGCGUGCACGAGGUGGAGUUUGUGUGCUACGUUUUCCACGGGGAGCAGUCCCGCUGGCGCCCCCUCAACCUGGAGCUGGUACUGCAGCGCUGCAGCGAGGUGCAGCACUGGGUCGCCACAGAGAUCCUGCAGUGUCAGUCGCUGCCAAAGAGGGUCCAACUGCUCCGCAAGUUCAUCAAGAUCGCAGCACUCUGCAAGCAGCAGCAGGACCUUCUGUCCUUCCUGGCGGUGGUUUUGGGUUUGGACAACCCGGCGGUGAGCAGACUGCGACUCACCUGGGAGGGUCUCCCGGGGAAGUUCAGGAAGCAGUUUCAGCAGUUUGAAAGCGUUGCGGACCCGUCCAGAAACCACAAGUCCUACAGAGACCUGAUCACCAGCCUGAGACCUCCGCUGAUCCCUUUCACUCCUCUGCUGCUCAAAGAUCUGACGUUCCUUCACGAGAGCUGUAAGACGUUUCACGGAGAACUCGUCAACUUUGAGAAGAUGCACAAAGUGGCCGACAUGGUGAGGAUCAUCAGGCGCUACAGGAGCAGCCAGCUGGCCAUGGAUACGGAGACGUCCCCCCCACACCUGCAGACGAAGGCCUAUGUCCGUCAGCUGCAGGUGAUCGACAACCAGAACCUCCUGUUUGACAUGUCCUGCAAGCUGGAGCCCAAAGACACAUAGAGAGGAGGAGGAGGAGGAGGAGGCAGCUGUUGCCUAGGUACCAUGAAGAGGAGGAUGGGAGGCCUUCUUCUUCUGUCCAUGGAAUGUCCUCACUUCCUGUCCACUAACCCCAAGAAGAGCGGAAAAGAUUUACAUUAAUAGAAAGAGAGAAGAAGAAGAGUCCUUGUGCAGGUUGUAAAGAGACAGGAAUAUUUAAAUCUUAAUAUUAAGAUUUAAGGAAUAAAUUAAGAUAAGCAGGAAUAAAAUAAAAGUUAUUAAUAGGACUUUAUUUACAGUCUUGGUUUAAUUGAAAUAGUGUACAGUAAAGUACAUUAAACACCUUAUAUUGUUUUAAUUUCAUACAUUCCUCUUAAUAUAAAAUUGAACUUUAAGUAAAUCAUGUUCUAAAAACAAACCCUAUAUUAUAAUAAUAAUGAUGAUAACUGACAACUGACUUUUUAUAUUAUUUAUUAUUAAAUUAAUAUAGAUGGAUUAGUGAAGAUAAAUAGUAACAAAAACAUUAUUAUUACUUAACUAAUCCCCCGACCCCAAAAAUAAUAAAUAAGUUCACCAUUGAAAGUUUAUAUAUCUAUAUUUGACUUAUAUUUCUCGACCUUUUACAACGCGAAUCCCGGUCGUGUGGCGCCGCCCCCUUUCCCCUCCUGCAGCGGUCGACCAAUCAGACGAGAACUGUGAACCCUUGAGUGGGCGGAGCUGAAGUAUAAUGGAUGUCAACAACAACAAGCUGUCAAACAGCUGAUCGGCUGAGACAAUAAUCAGAGAAACAUUCCAGGAUUUCUAUUUUUCCAUCCAAACAAAACUGGAUUAAAGGACGACGGCGGCCGUGUUUACAUCCGGCCUCAGUUUGACCUCCGCAGGGCGGUGACGGGCCGGGUCGCCGGUCGUGGUGCGUUCGUGUGCAGUCGGAGACGAGAGCGCAUAGAUGCUGGUUUUCUACCGAACAUUCGUAAGUUUUUUUUCUUUAUGAGUUUUGUUUUGAGAAAAACAACGACGUCGUCAUUAAGCGUUUAAAGUUCUCUUUAGAGGACCAGUUAACUAGCGGAGCAAUCGCUAACGGCUAACGGCUAACAGCUAACAGCUAACCAAUGGAAGAUCGCUUUGGUUCCGAACACGAGCUCUAAGCUCAUUAUAAUAUUGACAAUGAAAAUACAAUAUUUCAUUAUCAUUUGAGAAAAUUACCAAAAGUCUAGUAAAAGUAUAACAUUUUGUUUGUCUUUAUCAUCAUCAAUAAACGAUGAUCAGCAGCAAUAGAAUUGUGAUCAGACAUUUUCCACCUUAUUUAUUGUUCUUAUUUAAGAGUUUUAUGAGCCGUUGCUCCUCUGGUGUCAGCAUGUGUACAAACUAAAUCCCACUAGAUGUCUUCAAUAACCAAAUUGGAUUUGAAUUUAAAACUAUUAAUGUUUCAUAUUAAAAGGAGACAACGUUCUCAGCUGGUUCCAGAGUUUCUGAUUAAAUGUAAACAAUGUGUAUAUUAAGAAAAGUACUGAUUGGGCCGAUGGUCACACGAGGACGCCAAUACAGACGCUUCUUUUGAUCUGACUCCAUCCCGUCUCAUCGACCAAUCGGCUGCGAGGGCAGACCCCACUUGGCCCGCAGAGCUGCGCCGCCAUUGGUGGAUUCAGUCGUCCGAGGCAACAACAAGUGAAGCCGGUUGGUCGACUUAUCGCAGCAACAAAGCACUUUUAGCCAAACCUCAGGGCUCAGAGAAUGAGAGGUUUUGUUUACUCUUCAUUCUAGGUUCCUUUCAGUAGAGUCGGUUCUGUUGAGUCCAGCUGUGAUGCGUCAGUGGGUUCUGUGUUUGUGCAGCUGAUAACAAUAGAAAUCUACAGGUUGGUUGUUUUCCUGCUGUCUGAGUCGACGCUUUACUCUGAAGAGAUUCUCUCCCAGAAACUAGACCUUUGGUUGAUGCUACAUGCUGCUACAUGCUGCUACAUGCUGCUACAUGCGGCUACAUGUGGCUACAUUUGGCUACAUGCUGCUACAUGCUGCUACAUGCUGCUACAUGCUGCUACAUGCUGCUACAUGAUGCUACAUGAUGCUACAUGUUGCUCCCUGACUCUUUUCUCUUUGCAAACAGAGAUUUUAAGGAAAGAAAACAAUUACAUGACAAAGAGACUAUUUUGAGAUAAAUAGAUCUUUUAAACUAGAUUUGUAAUAAGAUGUUGAUUUGUAAAACUUUCCUUUCUCACCCUAAUGGACCUUUUCUUGGUUUGUUGGGACGGAACUCUUCAGAGCAUUACGACGGUUCACUUGUUUGCCUAAAUGACGUGAAAAGGUGCACAUGUGUGCUCAGCUGUGUGAGACUUCCUGUAGAAGCUCAGAGGACGAUCUCGUCCAGAGACGUCCGCUUCCUGUCCAGUUGAAACCUCUGGAGACACUUUAGGACACAACCACACUUUACUUUAUUCUUAUUUAUUUGUUUCUUUUACGACCUGACUCUUGUUUUGGUAGUUUGGGGACAUCGUGGACAAAGUGAGACAGUUUGAAAAGCAGGAAAUGGUUUUGAAUCUUAUUCAUUUUGGUUCCAAGUUUUUCACCCGAAGAUCUUUUACAGCAUUUGACAUCUUAAACAUUUGAACCAAGUGACUGGAUGAAACUAAAUCUGUGAAUCAUCUCUGCUCCAACGAGAACUUCACUGUAUCUCAACUCUUUCUAAUACGGAGCCUCAGAACUUUUUUAACGAGAGUAGAAAGUUUCCAGAACACGAGUGAAAAAUGUUGAUAAAAUCUAUUUUUUGAGAACCAGAGUUUCUUGUGGAGUCCGAGGCGUUUGCUUCGGUCUGAUCGCCCAGUGAAGAUGACAUCACAGUCUCAGGACCACUGCGUCGAUCCACAGAACCGCCCUGUGAUUCGGACCCGUGGUAGAUCUUCUGGGGUCUACGAUGGGGAGGCCGGGUCUCCUGAAGUAACACACGUGUAAAUAAUGCAACCCUGUAAAGAAAAAACUACCGGAGACUAUUUUAUUUAUGAGCCCAGAACCAACUCAAGGAGAAACAUUUGAUGCGAGGUUUUUUAUUUGUAAAGGAGAAGGUGUACAGGAAGAAAGAAAUGAUGAAUUUAUGACUUUAAGUUCUGUUUGAUCGCUCUGUGUUUUCUAUCUGCGGCUUUGGGUGGUUUGUUUGUUUGUUUGUUUUUGUACAGAAAUGGUUGUUUACAGCGAUAAAAUCGAGCGCGUGUGAUUGGAACAGAGGUCUUGGAGGAGGCGGGGACUGAGUGCCCGCGAUCAAUAUCGGAGUAUUGAUACAGAAAUUGAUACAAAUGUUAAAAAAAUAUUGUGAGACUUUAAUUUUGUUGUAUUAUUAUUCAUUCUUAAUACAUGAAUCUUUGUUUUACUGAGGAGCCACAAUAUAAUGUUACAUAAAGGUCAUAAUAAAGGGAGAAUCAGCAGCCAAUAGGAUGCUAAGAAUAAA